AUGACAGACUCCCUGCUAAAGGUUAAGGAGGAUAAGGAGGAUAAGGAACAGGACAAAGAGGAUGAUGAGAAGGAGGAGAAUGAAGCAGAAGAAAAGUUUGACCCCACCCUUUGCGCGAUGCUAUACAACCGCCUUAUCCGAAUUGGCUUUGAUGGCAGCAAUCGAGAGCAAGAAGGGGAGUCCCUUCAGACCAACUGGUUUGAAGUAUGGAAGACAGAUCCUAAGGUCGAAAAAUGCCGCGAAAGAUUCAGCGAGCCUCUGAUUAAAUUCCUCGAACAGAUUGAAAUAGUCGUUCGAAAAGAUGGCUCUGCUCCCUAUCACGACGUACUAAUCUAUAAUUACAAGUCAAUAAUGUCACCAACGGGUAUAGAUGAUGAUCUAGGGCUAGGAGUUUUGAAAGAUGAGGGUUAUGACUGCAUCUGUCUAUUCUCAACCAACAUGGCCUCUGUCCCGCAUCGGUUGGGCUUAGUUAUGGAUUUAGACGAUCUUCUCGUUCGAUAUAUACCCAGCUUUUCUUGCCAUUACGACAUCGAGGAUACCAGACGCUGGUAUACGUUGGAGGAUGUGUUGCUUAAGCUCAAUUGUAUGGCCGAGAUUGGAAAAUAUGUGCCAGUUAUUCGCGACAAUGAGUUCAGGAGUACAUUGGAGUCUGGGUGGAAAGCCGUUCCCUGGACAGAUUCCACUCUGAACGAUACUCUCGCUGCAUGGGAAGACCUGGUUAAUACCAUCACUACACGUCUUCCUGACCAUUCUUCCAAACAAGAUACCCAGUCCGAACCGGAACGACUAGCUGCAGAGGACAAAAUACCGUCAUCCAUACGCGGGUUUACUCGUGGAUUUCUAGUGCGCGCAUUGAAACCGUCUUUCAAAUACAUUGCUCCUGGACUAACUGUCUACGAUUAUCGUACCCCGCCACCACCAAUUCCCAUGAAAAGGGACCGGGAUGAGACUAUGAUAUAUGCUACACCAUACCAGGAGAUCCGCGGUGCAGUGCACCACAGUCCUAUCAUUCUAUUCCCAUUUGAGGAGCCAGUGGAAGGGGAGGUUGCUGGGCUCUGGAUCCUCCCGGAGGAGGACUGGGCAGAUUCCAUCCGUCUAGUUCUUCCAUAUGAGCUAAACAAGUUUCCUACAGCGCGUCGUAUGUUCUAUAUGCAAAACCGUACAGGUCUAUUCCAGAGCCCAGAAUGCCCGUUGUACGACGACCACCAUACAAGUCUAAGGACUCUGCUCAUAUUUUGGAAAGAGUUGGUGGAGAAGGGAGUCUGGACAGUGGGUGCCGAGGGUAUCGAGGGAGGGAAAGACUUCUAUCGACAUGCAGAGGAUAAAGAAAAAGGGGACUGGUUUGACGUUGGAGAAUGCUUCGAUUUUCCGCCAUACGUCGAAAUUCACCUCUAG